AUUCGGAAUGCAACUUGAGGCUUUCGACUUCGCUUCCUUUUCUUGUCGCUGUUCUUCUUCUUCUCCAAAAGUGCUUUGUUUAGGUCAACACGUCUGCUCUCUUGUCGCCAUUUUGGCGCUGGAUAACUCGAUUUUAUACGCAAUUUUUUUGGGGUAAAAAAAUGCGAAAUCAUUUAUUCGCCUGCAGAGCUCAAUCCGAGUACAGUAGUUUGCGAUUCUUCGAUGAAAUGUUGUUGGCCUGAUCUGAUGAGUAAAUCCAAGAGCUUCUUCCGGAACUUAUUCAGACCUUUCACAAACCACGCGAACAGAGAAGAUAGAGACGAUGUAGACAUAGAGAGAUUUGCGGAACAAGAGCAGAAGCAGUUUUCAUUUCAGGCGCUUUCCGCAGCAACCAAGGAUUUUCACCCGUCGCUGAAGCUUGGGGAAGGUGGAUUCGGCGCGGUUUACCAGGGCACUUUGGACGAUGGCCGAAAAAUUGCAGUGAAGAGGCUGUCGCAGCGAUCAUUGCAGGGGAACAGAGAGUUCCAGAUUGAAGCCAAGCUUCUGUCCCGCGUUCAGCACAGAAAUGUGGUGCAUUUGUUGGGAUUCUGUGCUGAUGGUGAAGAAAGGCUUCUUGUUUACGAAUUCAUCCCCAACGACAGCCUCGACAAGCUUCUCUUCAAAUCUGAGAAGCGAGAAUUGCUUGAUUGGAAGCGAAGGUAUGAUGUUAUAACCGGCGUUGCAAAGGGUCUGAGCUAUCUUCACAAUGACGCAAACUGUACGAUCAUACAUCGCGACAUCAAAGCCAGCAACAUCUUGCUUGAUGAUAAAUGGGUUCCCAAGAUUGCAGACUUCGGUAUGGCUCGCCUCUUUCCUGAAGAUCAAACUCAUAUCAAUACCCGUGCGGCUGGUACCAAUGGUUAUAUGGCUCCGGAGUACCUAAUGCAUGGCAAUCUUUCUAAAAAGUCUGAUGUUUUCAGCUUUGGAGUUGUCGUUCUUGAGCUGGUUACCGGACAGAAAAACUCGACUUUUAACAAGGAUCCGGAUUCGAGGAGCUUGCUUGAAUGGGUGUAUAAACUAUACAAGAAAGAUAGAAUUCCGGAAAUCAUCGAUCCGUUGCUGGUGGCAUCCUCAGAUUUCGAGCAAAUAUCCUUCUGCGUAUGGAUAGGGUUGAUGUGUGUCCAAUCUGAGAAGGAUCUACGGCCAGACAUGGAGCGCGUGGGCGUGAUGUUGUCGAGAAAGCCUUCCGAUCUUCGAGUACCGACGCGGCCAGGGUACCCGGGGUCCCGGUACAGAAGGCUUAGCCGUACAGUUGGAUCGACUGUGACCGCCCCAUUCGAUACGUCGAGUUCCCGAUCCUACGAGUCGACAAGCACAUUAAGCGGCGGCGGCAGUAGCACGUCGGGCGUUAUGGGAAGCACACAACAAAAUGCGACGCCGAGUGGAAGUACGUUCGAGCUGACGAGCCCCCGACGGCAGCAGCCACAGCACCGGCGGGGAAGACGGCCUGAAGAUCCCCACGGGAAGCGGCCGGUGAACAAUUAGGUAGAAAAGAUUAUAUAUGUAUUCUUUUGUAUAUACAUACAUAUAUUAUACAUAUAUAUAUAUAUAUGAAAUUUGUUCAUAACUUU